AUGCGAAUCAUCACAGGCUGUGUCCGGGCUACCAACCUACAGUGGCUUCCAGUCCUUUCGAACGUAGCUCCCCCGGAGAUCCGAAGGCAUUUCUCAACUGUCAAACUGUUACAGAAAAUCAAUAAAUUAGUGAAUCUCCCUGUAUAUACCGACAUAAAUUGCGCACCAUCUAAAAGAUUAAGAUCAAGAAACCCAAUCUGGUCAAAAGAAAAUAGUUCUGAUAGCAUGGAGGAUAUGUGGAAACAACACUGGGAAAAAGGUAAUGCAAAAAAUAGACAUCUGAUAAGCGACCCAAACCAAAGAGUCCCAGGAUUUGACUACCCGAGAGCUUUAUGGACCAAUCUAAACAGGAUACGAACGGAGCAGGGUAAUUGUAACUACCUCCUACAUAAAUGGAAGUUAAAAAACUCUCCCUUAUGCGACUGCGGGCAAAUACAAUCCAUCAAACACAUUGUGGAGGAAUGUCCCCAAACUAGAUACAAGGGAGGAAUAGAGGGACUUCACAUGGGCGAUGACGAAGCAAUAGAUUGGCUGUCUAAGACCAAUGUUCGCCUUUAA